AUUAAGUGAUUUUCAGAUAUCGAAAUAUUUCAAAAGUUAUUUGAAGAUACGUUACAUGUUCAAGCAGACUAGUGAUCAUGCAAUAUUUCAAGGAAAAUACGAGGAAACAGAGUUGACACUGAUAAUUUUCACUCCAGCUGUAGUGAAUAACUGCGAUCAAGUGCAUUGUGAAAAUAUGAACUCCGAGGACAUAUUCUAUAACAAAUCGUCUGGCAAAACAUUAAAAAUCAAGUGUAGAACGGAUUUGCUAGAAUUAUUAAUAGAAAUCUCUCAAAAGUGGCAUUCAAAAAUAAAAUUGUUCAACAUAUCAUCACAUGAUGAACAUGUCAAUAUCGUUAAGGAUUUCUUCAGAAAAGUGAGGAUUUAUGCAGAACAAGCCACGGAAGGGGAGCUAUCAGGAAUUGUUCAACGCGAUAUUAAAGCCAAAGAAUAUGAAGGUGAAGAUAUAAUUUUCUCUAGAUUUCACAAUUUAAUAGUAAAUUAUUGGUGGAAGCAAUCCGGUAAAGUGCAAUUUGCAACUAAAAGCUGUCGACUGUUCAAUGUUGCUGUGAAUGAAGUCAAACUAGAUAAGAUUCAGGCGAUUAGCUUCGGCAAGGUUGGGAAAAAUUCAUUGAAGUUUAAUAUCGAUGCAACAUUACAUUCUAAAUUUAACACUUUUUUACAAGACAUGAAGGAAAAUCAUCAAUUUUUCUUAAACAUAUUCAGUAGCACACCAAAACUCAGCUGUUUGAAACUCAUUCAGUAUAUCGAAUUGAAUGGUUUUGAUUUUAAGUUUGUUGUCAUUGAGCGGUGCGAAGCAAAACAAAUCGUUGAUGUUUUGUCCAAAUGUCAACCAAAAUGUUUAAUACUCGCGUUUCUUCCACAACUAAACAACAGUGUUAUAGAGCAAUUACGCCAAAAUAUCAACGAUUUAAUAAUUAUAACUAGAGAAGAGUACCAAAAUAAAUGCAACAAACUAUCCGACGAAACAAAAGGUAUAUAUGGUCUUGACUUUGAAUGUCAGGAGCAAAUUCUCAACAGUGUUGUAAAAUUGCCAAGCUCCGCCAUACCCUUGAGGAAGCUUUUGAACUUGGGUGCUAACGCUAUUAUGAGUAGAUCCAGCGAUAAGUUAACACAGUUGCACUGGGCCGCAGAAAAGGACUUGCCUGAGGUCAUUCAAUUACUCGUAGAUAAAGCCAACAUUGACUGUGCUACCACGGAUGACGGUCGGACUCUUUUAUGUCACGCUGCCCUCUGCAAAUCUACAAAUGCAGUCAGGAUGCUACUGGACUUGGGCGCUAAUGCUAACAUGGGGACAACCAGGGAUGGAUUUACACCAUUACAUUGGGCGGCUCAUAAUGAUUCGCCUGAGAUCAUCCAAAUACUCGUAGCUAAAGGAGCUAACAUUGACUGCACUACUACGGAUGAUGGACGAACUCCUUUAUACCAGGCAGCAAGAUGCAAUUCUGUUAAUGCAGUCAAAAUGCUACUGGACUUGGGCGCUAACGCUAAUUUGGGUAAAACCACUAAUGGGUUUAUGCCAUUACACUGGGCUGCCGAGCAGGACUCGUCUGAGAUCAUCCAACUUCUCAUAGAUAAUGGUGCUAGCAUUGAUUGUAUUACCACGGAUAACGGUCGGACUCCUCUUAACCAGGCAGCCCUCUGCAAAUCUACAAAUGCAGUCAAAAUGCUUUUGAAUUUGGGUGCUAACGUUAAUUUGGGUAAAACCAGCGACGGGUUUACGCCAUUACACUGGGCGGCUUAUAAGAACUCGCCUGAGAUCAUCCAAAUACUCGCUGUCCUCUGUAAAUCCACAAAUGCAGUUAAAAUGCUACUGGACUUGGGGGCUAAUGCUAACUUGGGAACAACCAGCGAUGGGUUAACACCAUUACACUGGGCGGCACAUAAGAACUCGCCCGAGAUCAUCCAACGACUCGUAAAUAAAGGAGCUAUCAUUGACUGCACCACUACGAAUGAUGGUCGAACUCCUUUAUACCAGGCAGCACGGUGCAAUUCCACAAAUGCAAUCAAAAUCCUACUGGGCUUGGGUGCUAACGUUCACUUCUGUACAACCAGCAAUGGGUUCACACCACUACACUGGGCGGCUCAUAACGAUUCACCUGAGAUCAUCAAACUACUCGUAGAUGGAGGAGUCAACAUUGAUUGCACCACCACGGAUGACGGUCGAACUCCUUUAUACCAGGCAGCACGUAACAAAUCCAUAAAUGCAGUCAAAACGCUACUAGAUUUGGGUGCUAACCCUAAUUUGGGUAAAACCAGCAAUGGGUUCACGCCAUUACACUGGGCGGCAGAGAAGGACUCGGCUGAGAUCGUCCACCUACUCGUAGAUGGAGGAAUCAACAUUGACUGCACCACCACGGAUGACGGUCGAACUCCUUUAUACCAGGCAGCACUAUGCAAAUCUACAAAUGCAGUCAGAAUGCUACUGGACUUGGGUGCUAACCCUAAUUUGGGUAAAUCCAGCAAUGGGUUCACGCCAUUACACUGGGCGUCAGAGAAAAACUCGCCUGAGAUCAUCCAACUACUCGUAGAUAAAGGAGCUAACAUUGACUGUAUUACCACGGAUAACAGUCGGACUCCUCUUUGCCAGGCAGCCCACUGCAGUUCUACAAAUGCAGUCAAAAUGCUACUGGACUUGGGCGCUAACGCUAACUUGUGUACAACCACCAAUGGGUUUUCGCCAUUACACUGGGCAGCACAUAAUGACAUGCCUGAGAUCAUCCAACUACUCAUAGAUAAAGGAGCUAACAUUGACUGUAUCACCACGAAUGACGGUCGAACUCCUUUAUACCAGGCAGCACGGCGCAAAUCCACAAAUGCAGUUAAAAUGCUGCUGGACAGGGGUGCUAACGCUAACAUGGGUAGAACCAGCGAUGGCUUGACGCCAUUACACUGGGCUGCACAUAAGAACUCGCCUGAGAUCAUCCAACUACUCGUAAAUAAAGGAGCGAACAUAAACUGCGUUACCACGGAUGACGGUCGAACUCCUUUAUACCAGGCAGCACGGUGCAAAUCUGGGAAUGCAGUCAAAAUGCUACAGGACUUAGGUGCUAAAGCUAACUUGGGUAAAGCAAGGGGUUUACACCAUUCCACUGGGCGGCAGAGAAAAGCUCGCAAGAUCCUAUUCACUUCCGCGUAGAUAACGCUGACACGGAUGACGGUCGGACUCUUUUGUAAGUAGUCAAAAUGCUUUUGAACAAGACUAGGAGUCCAGAAAGUA